AGGUGCAGGAAGCACGUGGUUGAAUGGGAUAGAGGUGUCCAUGUGACGUAGUGUCGGACCGGUGGUUAUAGCUGGUAGAUUUCUGUUUUAACAUGAAGUCCGAAGUCUCGUUGCUGGCGCUGAUUCACCAGCAUCUCCUGCAGUCUGGGUUCAGCAAGGCAGCCAGGGAGCUGCAGGCACAGAGUGGGGAGAAAUUACUUUCAUCAAGAGUCUCCCUUCAGGAUAUCUACCAUGACUGGGCCAGCCGUCCAGAAAAUGCCAAGAAAAGGAAAGCUAUCAAAGCAAAUGAAGUUCCGAGCAAGAAACUAAGAGUUUCUGACCCCAAAAGCAGCUCAGAGCCAUCUGAAGAAGAAGACAAUACAGUUCGUGGAAGUCAGAAAAAAAUGAAAAUACCUCCAAACGUCACACAAGCAAAAGAUAAAAAGAGUGCAGUGAAACUGACUGCCAAGGUCAAGACACAGAGUGCAACAGCAAAAAACAUGAAUUCUGUGAAGCAACCAGCAUCUGAACAAAAAAUCCCGCCAACAGCCAAGCCUGGGAAGAAAACUCUUACUGACCCAGUCACAGAGAGCAGUGAUACAUCUGACGGUGAAGAAGAGACUAAAAUGGUAUCUACAGUACCAGCCAUUUUGAAGCCUGUCCUUAAAGCUUCUGACAGCAGUGAAUCCUCAUCCAGUGAUGAAGCAGAAAUGGAGAUUGAUCAAAAACCUUUGAUAGUACCGAGUAGUGCUGCUAAGAGUGUCCCUGACGCAACAGCUGGCAAGAAAGCUCCAAGUACAGGGGCUUCAAAUGGAACAGUAGCAAGUCAAGAAAAGGCUGCUGGGAAACCAGAUGCAACUGACAGUUCUGACAGCGAAGCAACAGACACAGAGACACCGAACUUAUCAGUAGGGGUUUUCCCAGACCAUAUAAAAAUGGAAAUCUCAUCACCUGCUGCAUCACAAAUUAGAACUUCAGAAAUGGCUUCCCAGACCACAAUUUCCAUGUCAGCAUCCCGGGGGGCAGUGCUGCAAAAGGUUUCAGAAAGCCGUGUCUCCGCACCCAAGCUUACUGAAAUUCCCAAACCUGCAGUACCCAUGCCAUCUAAAUCAAAGGAUGAUAGUAGUUCUGAGAGCAGUGAGUCUGGCAACGAAGAGGAGCCUAAGACUCUGCCAACUGCAAAACCAUCCACAGUAAAGACAAGUGUGUCUUCAAAAGGUGGCAAAAAGGUAGCAGCUCCAGUGAAGGCUCCUACGCCCAUCCAGAAGCCUGUCGAAGAAAGCUCAGAGGACAGUGAGGAGGAGCCGGAAGCAAAGAAGACUCUGCCAACUGCAAAACCAUCCACAGUAAAGACAAGUGUGUCUUCAAAAGGUGGCAAAAAGGUAGUAGCUCCAGUGAAGGCUCCUACGCCCAUCCAGAAGCCUGUAGAAGAAAGCUCAGAGGACAGUGAGGAGGAGCCGGAAGCAAAGAAGACUCUGCCAACUGCAAAACCAUCCACAGUAAAGACAAGUGUAUCUUCAAAAGGUGGCAAAAAGGUAGUAGCUCCAGUGAAGGCUCCUACGCCCAUCCAGAAGCCUGUAGAAGAAAGCUCAGAGGACAGUGAGGAGGAGCCGGAAGCAAAGAAGGUUUUGACAACUCUUCAAGCAACCAAGGUAAAGAAAGUUGCAUCAUCUAAAGGUGCUACAAGGCCAGUGUUAUCAGAGGAUAGUUCAGACGAGAGUGACUCGGACAGUGAGGAAGAGCCAGAUACCAAGAAGGUUGUGGCACCUGUGCAAGUCACCAAAACAAAGACCAGUGCAUCUUUCCAAGUAACAAAGCAGCCAGUGACACCAACUCCAGCAAAGGCUCCUUUGCCUGUACAGCAGCCUGCAGAUGACAGCUCAGAGGAGAGUGAUUCAGAAAGUGAAGAGGAACCAGAAGCCAAGAAGAUUGUGGUCACACCGCAAGCAACUGACGCAAAGAACCGUGUGUCUGCUAAAGGUGGCAAGCAGUCAGUGCCACCAACUCCAACAAAGGUUCUAUUGCCCUCACAGCAACUUGCAAAGGACAGCUCAGAGGACAGUGACAGUGACGAAGAGCCAGAAGCCAAGAAGGUUGUAAUACCAAGUCAGGCAACCAAAGCAAAGGCCAUUGCAUCUUCUAAAGUCAUCAAGCAGCCAGUGACACCCAUUCCAACUAAAGCUCCACUACCCAUGCAACAGGCUGCUAGUGACAGCUCAGAGGAGAGUGACUCAGACAGUGAUGAGGAACAAGUAGCCAAGAAGGUUGUAGCACCUCCACAAGCAACCACAGAAAAGGCCAUCGGGCCUUCUAAAACUUCCAAGCAGCCAGCAACUCCAGCUCCAGUAAAGGCUACAUUAUCCACACAACAACUUGCAGAUGACAGCUCAGAGGACAGUGACUCAGACAAUGAGGAGGAGCUAGAAGCCAAGAAGGCUGAAGCACCUCCACAACUAACCAUCGUAAGUAAAAGCACAUCCAAGCAGCCAGUAACCUCAACUCUUGCAGAUAGCUCAGAGGAGAGUGACUCUGACAGUGAAGAGGAGCCAGAAGCCAAGAAGGCUGAAGCACCUCCACAACUAACCAUCGUAAGUAAAAGCACAUCCAAGCAGCCAGUAACCUCAACUCUUGCAGAUAGCUCAGAGGAGAGUGACUCUGACAGUGAGGAGGAGCCGGAAGCCAAGAAGGUUGUGGCACCCUUGCCAGCAACUAAAGCGAAGGAUGGCACAUCUAAAGUUGCCAAGCAACCUGUUGCUACAACUCCAGCAAAAAUUAAUUUCCCUAUGCAGCAGCACGCAGGUGACAGCUCAGAAGAGAGUGACUCGGACAGUGACUCAGAAACAGAGACCAAGACCGUGAAUGCAACCUUGAAAUCCUCAACACCAGCAUUAAAACCUGCUUUGCAGCCACCAAAGGCAACCAAAGGGAAGACAGGGAGCCCUGCCAAAGCCGCCACAUGUGUAAGACCAGCAGAUGAGAGUUCAAGCGAUAGUGACUCAUCAGACAGCAAGGAAGAAAAGGCAGGAUCUCAGAAAGUUUUACCAACACCGGCUGUUGUCAAGUCAACUCUGAGGCCCCUGCUUUCCUCCCCCCCAUUGCUAAGCUCUACUCCUUCUGAGAUCAAACUAAUGAAAAGCAAGAGUGUGCAUUCUACUAAUGCUCCAUCCAUAUUGAAACCAUCUAUGGGCAAUACCUCUAGCGGCAGCAGUGAUACUGAAAGUGAUGACGAUCUAACACAGAUAACAACUCCUGUACCUGUGGCUGUUAAGAAAAUCAAAGAGAAAAUGCCACUUAAAAGUACUGAACCUGCCACAACCAUCCCUGAAGUAGUUAAGAGCAAUGUUGCAAGUGCGGUGAGAAAACCUCUGGCUACCAAGGGGGUUUCUUCUGAGAGUAGCGACACUUCAGACAUCGAGGAUAAACCUGCAGUGAAGAAAGCAAUCUCCUCCGCUCCUGGAAAUAUCCCAUCCAGCCACAUCUCUGCAGACCAGAACAGGCCAUCUCAGCCCUCCACUUUAGCAGUACAGAGUUCUUCAGAAGAUGAAAGUGACAGUGAGCUAGAUAACUCACAGGCACUCCUCAAAACACCAUUGCCCACACAAGCCUCCUCACAGAAAGUAAAAACGGACAAAAAGAACAAACAAACUUCAGCUCCUAACAAAGAAAAGAAAAAAAACAAAUCAAAACCCAAAGGAAAGCCUACAGCCACACCUGCUCAACUUUCAAUGCUUGAAUCUGAAGAGGAGACUGUACAAGCCUUGCUGGAAGGAAGAAGUCCCAAAAAAAACAAGGUAAAAAAUGAUGGAUCAAAGAAGAAAGUGUCAACAUCAAAGGUGGGGACUGCCCCAGUACUCCCUGAACAGGACCAUAAUAAGCAUGGAUUGACUCCCGCUCUUCCACAGCCACUCCUACCAGUGACUGUCACACCUCUCCUGCAAUCUGAAAAGAAGAGCAGUAAGAAAAGAAAACUCCCCACAGAGGACGGACUUGCCAAGAAGAAAGCCAAACUUGACAAAAAAGCAAAGAAGGAAAAGAAGAGAGGGAAAAAAUCUAAAAUGGUUGAGGGAGAAGCAGGAGUCUUGGAACCUAAGGCUAAAUCCUCCAAAAAGGACAAAAAGAAAUCUGAUAAGUCAAAGAAAAAAAAGAAGGAAUCCAAAGACAAGAAAAAGAAAAGCGGAGAGAAAACUGACCCAAAAGCUGCACAAACUGAGGGGACACACAUUUCUAGUACUGACAAAACGUCUAAGCCUAAGAAAAAGCCUCUUCUUCAGAGGAGGUCACUGCUGUUCUCAUUGUCCUGGCAUCCAACAAAGAGGCCAAAGCGGAAGAGAGGCAGGAAGAAAAAAGAAAGUCAUGGCACUGUCUUCAGAGCCGCAAAAUUAAAUAGAGCAUGAUGUCUUCUUAAGGACUGUUUUUCAUAGAGAUGGUUUUCUGUCCUCUACUUUUUUCUUUCAUUUUUAAAAUGUCUUUCAAAGAUAAUCUAAUCAAUCACUUAAGAUUUGUUUUGUACUAUUUCUUUUUAAUUGUAUCUAGCAAUUCCUUGUGGACGGUUUAGUUUGUAAUGUCUUUUUUUAGUAAAUGUUUAAUAUUGUUUUUUAUGUUUAAUAGCUUUUUUCACUUAAAGUAAUAAGAUGUCUCACCAUUUAAAUAAUUAUGGAUGUAGUUUAAGUGAAUGUACUUUUUGAGUUUGAGUCCUCUAUAUUCUGUAUUCUCUGUUCAUCCAUCUGUAUUGGCAAUCCUGCAGUACUCCACUGUAAGUUAUAAUUUAUAUGUUUUCUAUUUAGAGUUUCUGUUACAGUGUAAAAAGAGAACAUCUUCAGCUCCCUAAACAAUAGCAUACAGGGGUACUAGUAGGUUGGUCAUGUUUCACAUGAAGCACAUUCUCAACAGUCACCUCUUUUUUUGGUAAUUGUGUUUUUUUUAUUUAUUUUUUAAUAAAUAUAUAGCAGGAUCCGCAACCAACGGUAUAUGGGCCUUAUAGGGUCCGCCCCUUGCAAUUUUCAGCUGCGCAAAGGGGGGUCGGUGCAAGACUAAGGGCCGCAAAAUCUGCCCCAUGCUUUGUGGAUUUCAUAAUGGCAAAGUAGGCACCUACCUAUCAGCACGGAAUGUGCGUACUCUUCCCAUAUAGGAUAUAAUUUGACGGGUAAGCUGUGCACUUCCUGUUUAGUUACCUUGCAGACCUUGUAGUAGUGCCAGCAGCUUGGAUGAGAUGCCUCUCCAGCCCCAUUAUCACCACUAUGGAAGAGAAUAGAGCUCCCAGGAGUCUCAUUGGACCCCACAGAUAGGACCCUUCUAGUUUUCCCAGCACUGGCGGGGAGACUGGGUGGACCUCAUAAAAAACUAAUUUAAACCACACGUGUCUUUGAUUAUGUAUGUGUUUUAUAGCUACAUAGUUUUCUAUUCUUAAAUAUAGCACUGCUGAAAGAUCAAAAUUAGAAAAAGGUUUUUUUU